UGUUAUGGUAUACAAACAGAUAAGACCAUGUUUGGGGGAGAUUCUGGUGUUAUAUUCUGUAGUCAAUUAAUUCAGUUUUGAGUUUUUCGCCUUCCAACUCUUUUCUUCUCUACUUCCUUGACUGUUUAAAUAUAUAUCAGCUAAAUUCUAUCACUUUUUUUCUCUCUAUCUCAUUAGUUUUGUGCCCUCAGAUAAACUAUUAAACUGAUUUUGAAUUUUUAUCUUGUUAUGUUUCGUACUUUCUCUCCUAUAUUUUUGCUCUUUUUUUCUCAUAAUUUUAGGGUUCUUCAUCACAAGAUAACCAAAUUCAACACAGAAUUCUCAACCCUCAAGUGGGUUUCUUGCUUUUUGACUGAAUGGUAAUCAAGUGGAUAAUUGGGCAUUGAUAGAUUCUUCCCUUUGUGGGUUUUUGGGGUUGAAUUGUAUGGUUUUUUCUGUUCUGGGGGUUGUGUGAUAAAUUUGGUUGUUUUGAGUAUGGCUUCAUCUCGUGGCAAUGUUCACUCAGAUACUGCUAAAAAAGAGCAAAUUAUAACUGAGUUUUUCACCAAGACCCUCCAGAUAAUACUAGAAUCUAGAUCACCUUAUAUGUCGUCGCGGAAUUUUAGUGGAGAACAGGCAGUGUCAUCGCCAUCAUCAUCAUCCUCGUCGUCUUCAAGUUUUAGGACUAGAGACAAAUGGUUUAAUUUAGGCCUGAGGGAAUGCCCUGCAGCGUUGGAAAAUAUCGAUUUUUGGCGUCAGAGUAAUCUUGAACCAAUGGUAGUUGAUGUGAUUCUGGUUCAACCAUCCAAUGCCUGGGAUCCUGGUAGCUUUUCUCCAAAUAAGGAUUUUGUGAAGAACCCUACAUUGAAGGAGCGGGUUUCGAAUUUUAUGAACCUGGUAGGUGAGGAAUUCGGUGUUGAACCAAGGAAAGAAAAGGUUAUAGAAAGAUGGGUGGUACAAUAUGAGAGCCGGAAGAGUAGGGAUGGUGGUUUAGGGAGCAAAAAGUCUAGUGGUAAUUUGCACUCAUUAUAUAAGAAGUCAAUAGUGCUUUUGAGAUCAUUGUAUGUAACUAUAAGACUUUUGCCUGCAUACAAGCUCUUCAGGGACCUCAUUUCAUCUGGACAAAUUCGGACAUACACACUUGCACAUCGUGUUUCUUCCUUUGUUGAGCCUUUCACAAGGAAAGAAGAGGCUGAUAUGCAACGAUUCAAUUUUGCCCCUGUUGAUACUUCAUGUGGUAGACUUUGUAUUUCAGUAUCAUAUCGAUCUAUACUUUCUGAUGUGAGCUCAGAGCCAUCAACCCCUAUGUCUCCACAGUUUAUAUCAGAUUAUGUUGGAAGCCCAUUAGCAGAUCCACUUAAAAGGUUCCCUUCUCUUCCCAGGUCUCAUGGCUCCCCAUCUUGCUCCCCAUUUUCAAGACGUCAUAGCUGGAGCUAUGAAAAUUAUGGAACCUCAUCACCAUCGACUUUACCAUCUCCAUCUCCCACAUACUCAGACUCACAUGCAUCUGUAUCUAAGUGUAGGUCCAGACAUCCCCCGCCUUUGAGCUUGCCUCAGCAUUUACCUGAAACAUUUCAAGCUUCUAGCAAAUAUAUUGGUUAUGAUGAGUAUUGGCCUUCCCCUGCCUUUUCGCCAUCCCCUUCCCCCUCCCCACCAGCAUAUGUUUCCAGGACUGAUGCGUCGAAGGCAUUGCUGCGAUGUGAAAGUGCUCCUGUAAGCAUUCCUGCUAGUAAGGCUUUCAACAAGCAAGCUUUGCGACCUUCUCCUCCCCCUAAACUUACGAGAGCUGUCACUUUGAAAUCAGAUAGGUCUACAGGUCCAAGUGGUUCAUCUAUUGAGAAGUUUUCUCUGGGGAGAGAUGAAAUUGGCAGAUAUUCUGGGAUCAGGAUAUCAUCCACCAGUUCACCAGGCAUCUCUUUUUCUAGGAGUUCUAGUAGGCCAUCAAUUCAGGAUGAUUUUGAUGAUGCUGAGUUCGCUUGCCCAUUUGUUGUUGACGAUGAUGACAUGACAGGCAGCAGGCCUGAAUCCUUUGAUCAGAAAGGGCAACCCAAUGACUCACUAGAACAUGGAGCAUACGGCCCUGUUAGAAAAUCCCAAGAUGCUGCAGUUGGUGCUCUGGUAUUAAUGCUGAAGAAAGCUCCACCUCUUCGCCAGGAUUCAUUGACAGUCUCCAAGACUGUGAGCUGUCACAACAACGAAGAACCUGUUCUGAAACCAGAUGACGAUCAACAGUCUCAGAAGGGGGCUUGCAGAAGCAUGUUGUCAUCAAGCCUUGCCAUGUCUAGGACAACGGCUGAUGCUCUCGAAGAACUCCGGAGUUAUAAAGAAUUGAAGGAGUUGUUGGUUACUCAAGGAAACAGGUCCCAUAUGAUUCAUGAUAGUAUUACUGAAGGAGCUUCAAGGGAAAAUUCCUAGUAAAUAUUUUGCAUGUCCUACCAUCAAACUUCUGCUCUUGUGAAUAGUGUCUUACCGAAAGAACUAUGAAGAACGUGCCAACGUGGGAGCUAGGCUUUGUGUUUUAAGUUAUGUCUGGUUUCUGCAAAGGUUCUAUUUCUGAUUGAUGGCUUAUAUUACCAUGUAUAAAAGCUUUGUUCUUUGUCAUUUUUCAAGGUGUAUAAAAAUAUGUUGGAGAGAGGUUUUAAGACAGACAUACUUGCAAUAUCGGAGCUAGAGAGGAGUGUUUCUAUUACUUGUGAGUUUUGACUACUGGGCGGGAUUGAUAGUUUGACAAUGAGGUGUUCAAUGAGUCUUUUUAUCUUGGGAGUUCUUUACUUGUACAUAAAUCUUCAAUGAAACAUUUUAAGGUUGUAUAAAAGCUGGAGAAUUGGAGAUGCAGAA